GCACGGUCACACUGGCCGUUCCUACGGUUCUUAAAAAUAUUAACGAUUCCAGUUAAAUUCAAGAUCAAAAAGUCUCGUUGCAGCGCAAGCGAGUACAAAUUGCAUUCACAAUUGUGUCACGAAGGGACAUUGCAAGAUGAAGAUCAAGGAACUGCAAAAGACGGUAAACAUCGCCUGGUCGCCGGCGCAGCAGAAGCAGAUUCUCCUGGCCGCCGGCACCGCCGCCCAACAAUUCGAUUCCAAUGCCAAUUCCACUCUGGAGUUGUACUCCCCGAACUUCAGCGAUGCCACAUACGAUCUGGAGCUUAGGGCCAGCGUUUCCAGCCAGUACAAGUUCCAAAAACUCAUCUGGAGCCCAGUGGGACCACACCCCAGUGGCCUGAUUGUGGGCGGCUGCGAGGCGGGGCAGAUUAACAUAUACUCAGCCGACAAGCUGCUUGCCGGCAAGGAAGAGCCGCUUCUGAAGCGCCAGGACAAGCACACAGGCGCCGUUAGCGGGUUGGACUUCAAUCCCUUCCAGAACAACCUGCUGGCCUCAUGCGCCUCCGAAUCGGAAAUCUUAAUCUGGGACCUCAACAACCCGGAAACAAGCAUGAGUCCCGGCGCCAAGACACAACCACUGGAGGACGUAAAGAACGUAGCGUGGAACCGGCAGGUGCAGCACAUUCUGGCCUCCGUGUUCAGCACGCGCUGCGUGAUCUGGGAUCUGCGUAAGAGUCAGCAGAUCAUCAAGCUCUCCGACUCGCAGUCGCGAGUGAGGUGGCACGCUAUUGAGUGGCAUCCGGAGGCGGCGACGCAGGUGUGGUUGGCUUCCGAGGACGACCAGGCGCCAGUGGUGCAGCUGUGGGAUCUGCGAUAUGCCACAGCUCCAGCCAAAACAUACCAAAUUCAUGAGCGCGGAGUGCUGGGAAUGUCGUGGUGCCUGCAGGACAACGAUCUGAUGGUUUCGUGUGGCAAAGAUAACCGCAUCUAUUGCUGGAACCCCAAUACCAAGAUUCCUGAGGGGGAAAUCCUAUCUGAGGUUGCCACCACUGCCUCCUGGUACUCCGAUGUGCAGUUUUGCCCACGAAAUCCGGCUCUGAUAGCUAGCGCCAGCUUGGAGGGAGCAGUUUCCAUUUACUCUCUACAUGGAGGCACUCACCACCUUGUGCAAACUGCCAACAAGAUUGCGGACUCAUUUCCGGGCAUGGAUCAGUUUGCCCAGGAGCCAAUUCCACAGCAGGCCACUCAAGUGGUUUACCAUGACCUGGCGCACGCUCCCAAAUGGAUGAAGAGGCCAUGUGGCGUUGCCUUUGGAUUCGGUGGCAAGUUGGUCAGCUUCAAUGGAACCUCGAAAACGGUCAAGGUCCAACAGCUAACCACCGAAUCCGCCCUUGUGGACCGGGCCAAUGCCCUGGAACGCUCUCUGGUCGAUGCCAACUAUUCGGAUUACUGUCGGCAGCGAGCAGACGAGACACCGGAUCAGCAUGGCCGCUACAUCUGGUACUUUAUCAAGGCGAACUUCGAGCUAAAUCCCAAGGAGGAAAUGCUGAACCUUUUGGGCUACAACAAAGACGACAUCGAUAGCAAGUUCAACAAGUUUAUCAAGGAAACGGAUGGCAACUCGCAUUCGGAUGUGGAUACUCUGACGACCCGCAUCUCGACACUGACCCAUAGCGACUCUUCUGAGGUCGAGUGUGAUCAGAGUACAAACUAUAGCACCGAUAAUUCGACGCAAGAUAACAAGUUUGAUGGCAAUGCAAUCGACUCACAAAAUCACAACGACUUUGCCACUCCUCCGAGGCCGCAAUUCAAAGUUCCCAGCGGAGAUCACUCGGAUAGCCUGAUUGCCGAGGCAAUACUCACUGGCAAUGUGGACGCUGCCGUGGAGCUCUGUCUGGAGGCGCAGCGCAUUCCCGAAGCCCUGAUUAUCGCCUCAACGGCUGGCAUUGAGACUCUGAACCGCACGCAAACGCGCUACCUGCUGCAGCAGAAGAACGAGCUAUCGCACGUGAUCUCCGCAUUGGUAUCCCGCGACUGGCUGGACUUCGUCAACAGAUGCACUGUGGACUCGUGGAAGGAGGCCCUGGUGGCCGCGCUCAAGCACAGCGAGCGCAAGGUGGUGGACAUCUGCGAGCGACUGGGCGAUCGCCUCUUGAGUGAGUGCGCCUCAAGCGCCGAGUUUACGCGCAACGCCAUGCUCUGCUACAUUUGCGCCGGCAGCAUCGACAAACUGGUCACCGCGUGGUACCAGUUGAAGCGGCUGGAGCAGCAGAACCCCGGCUACAAGCCCAACACCACAGAGCUGCAGGACUUGGCUGAGAUGGUGAUGCUGAUGUGCAAGUCGUUGGAGCAGCAAGGCAUAUCCGUGGACUUGGCUGGUCGCUUUGCCGGCUUUCUGACUGAGUACGGCGGUCUUCUUGCGUCGCAGGGUGCUCUGACUGCAGCCCUGCAGUACAUUACCACCUUGGGCGGAGGAGCUGCCAGCGAAAGCGAUGUUCUGCAGAGCCUGCGAGACCGGAUAAACAACGCUGUCAACCUGGACUACACCCAGCCACAGGCACCAGUCGCUGCUGCGCCCCACAGCUACCAACAGACGCGCGGUCGGGGAUCGUUCUCGCAGCCACAGCCUUUGGCAUCCAUGCCCUACGGCCAGCCGCCCAAUCAGUAUGCACAGCCCAACUGGCCCACGCAAGUGCCUCCACUACAAACAAGCUACCCAGGAAGCCAGCAGCCUCAGGCUCCGCCACAGAUAUUCAAUCCGCAGCCUGUGAAACCAGAGCCCCUAGCCCAACCACCGCGCCCACUCAGCAAUGCCAGCUCUUCAGGUGGUCCGCCGCCAGCAGGAGGCGCAUCAUCCUCCGGCGGAUCGGGUCUUUCUGGCCGCUCCAAAUACGUUUUGGAUCCAUCUGUAGCAGCUCCAACCAGUUCCUACGGCAUGCCAUACAAUCCAGUGCCGGCUCCCGUUCCAUCAGCGGUUCCAUUUGGCGGCGGAGGAGUGCCAGGUCCUGCACCCCAGCCAGCCAGCGUGCCAACGUACAACAGCAACGCGUUCAACACGAAUCCGAUUGCGGCUGCCCAACCUUACAACCCUUCGCCUUUCAUGCCAGCUCAGCAGAAUCAGUUCGUGCCCGGCGUGAAUCCCAUCGAGACAAUGCCACCGCCAGCUGCGCCACCAGUUAUCCAGAAUGUACAACGCAAUCCGACACCACCACCCGGCUGGAACGAUCCUCCUGCACUGAAAUCUUCGCGAGCACCUAAGCCGAAGCCGGUGGUUGAGCCAAGUGCUGCAAUCUUCCAUCCCCUGUUCCCAGUCGACCCGAAUCAAAACCAGAACGGUUAUGUGGACCCCUCUCAAUAUCAGCACGCAUCACCACCUGGAGGAGUGCCCAAUACGUACUACAACCCGGCUGCUUUCAACAACAAUCCCCAGCAGCAGCAGCAUCAGCAAUCAUAUCUCCAGCCUCAGCAGCCAGCCUCUGGGAUUCCGAGCCAGGGAGGACUUCAGCAGCAGAACUGGCAGGGACAAAAGCAAACCAUUGGCUACACCGAGCAGCCAGCGCCCAUCCAGCAACAGCGCCAACCGGCGCCGCCCAAGGAGAAGCCACCACUGCCCGAGGAGUACAUCUACUUGCAGACUGUGCUGGAGGAGCUGAAGAACCGCUGCCUGGGCGCGACCAAUGAUCCGCGCACAAAACGAAAGUUUGUCGAUGUUGUCAAGAGGCUCGAAAAUCUCUACGACUGCCUGAGAGAUGGAAAGCUCACUCCCACCACGGUGCAAUAUCUGAAUCAAAUAGUUCAGUACAUUCAAAUAUCCGACUAUGCCAAUGCCCUGGAAAUCCACACGCAAAUCGCCUUCGGAACGGACUUUGCGCAGUGCGCGGGCUUCAUGCAGGGACUGAAGGUCCUGCUGCAAUCCGCAUCCGAGCUGCAGUUGGUUCUCCGCUAGAGCGCCGUCGCCUGGUCGCAGCCACGCUCACUAAACGUAUAUUCUUAUUGUGUCUUCAGAUAUCGAUGUCUUUUUUGUUUUGUAUACAAAGUGUGGUUCUCUGCGUUAGUUUAGGCUGGGAUCGCCAGAUGAAUGUCAACGUUAUUCCGUGUAUUGAAAUAUAUUUCCACUUAAAUCGCAA